AUGGCGGCGGCGGGGACCGCGGCGGGGCCGGCGGGGCCUGAGCCCAUGCCUAGCUACGCGCAGCUGGUGCAGCGCGGCUGGGGCAGUGCGCUGGCGGCGGCGCGGGGCUGCGCGGACUGCGGCUGGGGGUUGGCGCGCCGCGGCCUGGCCGAGCACGCGCACCUGGCGCCUCCCGAGCUGCUGCUGCUGGCGCUCUGCGCACUCGGCUGGACCGCGCUGCGCUCGGCGGCCACUUCGCGCCUCUUUCGGCCCCUAGCCAAGCGGUGCCGCCUCCAGCCUAGAGAUGCCGCCAAGAUGCCUGAGAGCGCCUGGAAGUUUCUCUUCUACCUGGGCGCCUGGAGCUACAGCACCUACCUGCUCUUCGGCACUGACUACCCCUUCUUUCACGACCCACCCUCCGUCUUCUAUGACUGGAAGACGGGCAUGGCGGUACCACGGGACAUCGCAGUUGCCUACCUACUACAGGGAAGCUUCUACGGCCAUUCCAUCUACGCCACGCUGUACCUGGAUGCCUGGCGCAAGGACUCAGUGGUCAUGCUCAUCCAUCAUGUGGUCACCUUGGUCCUCAUUAUCUCGUCCUACGCCUUCCGGUACCACAAGGUGGGCAUCCUUGUGCUCUUCCUGCAUGACAUCAGUGACGUACAGCUGGAGUUCACCAAGCUCAAUGUCUACUUCAAGUCCCGCGGAGGAUCCCACCACCGGCUUCACGCCCUGGCUGCAGACCUGGGCUGCCUCAGCUUCAGCCUCAGCUGGUUCUGGUUCCGCCUCUACUGGUUCCCGCUCAAGGUCCUGUACGCCACGAGCUACUGCAGCCUGCGGUCGGUGCCUGACAUCCCCUUCUACUUCUUCUUCAAUGCACUCCUGCUGUUGCUAACCCUCAUGAACCUCUAUUGGUUCCUGUACAUCGUGGCUUUUGCUGCCAAGGUGCUGACGGGCCAGGUGCGUGAGCUGAAGGACGUGCGGGAGUAUGACACAGCAGAGGCCCUGAGCCCCAAGCCCAGCAAAGCUGAGAUCGCGGCCACGCCCCCCGAGACCCUGACCUGGCCCAGGUCUCUUCAGGGACCCCGGUCCCGCCCCCAGCCCGCAGGUCCCGGAGCCCAGCAGACCCUGAGCACUCGCCCGGCCGCCGCCUGUGACGAAGAUGCCACCGCUGUGCCGGCGUCCGGGCCGCCGCGUCCUUCUUCUCCUACUGGCCAUGCUGCUGCCCUCGUCACCCCCGGCCCGCGCCCCCGCGCCCCCGGGCCCCGCCGCCGCCCUACUCCAGGCUCUCGGGUUUCCCGACGUGCCCCGGGGAGCCCCCAAGUCCCGGCCCGUACCCCCCGUCAUGUGGCGCCUGUUCCGCCGCCGGGACCACCAGGAGGCCAGGGCGGGCCCUCGGAGGACGCCCCUGGGGGCUACCCUGCGGCCGUGCCACGUGGAGGAGCUGGGGGUCGCCGGAAACAUCGUGCGCCACGUCCCGGACCGCGGCGCGGCCGCCCGGCCCCCGGAGCCCGCCUCAGCUGCGGGACAGUGCCCUGAGUGGACCGUCGUCUUCGACCUGUCGGCCGUGGAGCCAGCCGAGCGCCCGAGCCAGGCCCGCCUGGAGCUGCGCU